UUCCGGGUCUGGCGGUGCGGAGGAGAGGCGUCGUUGUAGACGCAGCAUCCAGAGGUACAAAGAAGACGGCGACAAUGGCCGAUAUAUCACUGUAUCUCACUAACGUUAAUGUGUCGAUAGGACAGACCAUGGAUGUGGAGCAGAGUCAGAGCCCUCACCCCGGUAAAGACUUUGAGAGUGUGGAGCUGGGGGAGCUGGACAAGAGAGAGGAACAGCAGCAGAGGGAGAAGGUUCCUCGCAGGAUUAUCCAUUUCUCCAGCGGGGAGACCAUGGAGGAGUACAGCACGGACGAGGAGGAGGGAGAGGAAAAGGAGCCAGAGAGGAAAGACCUGCUGUCCUCCCCAGUCGAUGCGGUGAGGUCAAAGUUGACCUGGGGUCCAUACUUCUGGUUUCACAUGUGGAGAGCUGCCACGUCCACCAUCUCAGCCUGUGACUACCUUGGGGAGAGGAUGGCCUCCCUGUUCGGGAUAACAUCCGCCAAAUAUCAGUACGCUAUAGAUGAAUACUACAGGAUGAAGAAAGAGAGGGAGGAAGAGAAAGAGGAAAACUGCCUGUCAGAAGAAGCAGAACGAUCCUUUGACCAGCUACGGUCUCAGGAAGAUGUGGAUGAACCGAUCACCAUGGCAGACCAGCCAGAGGUGGCCGCGGCUCAGCCUGACGUGUCCUAUCAGAUUGAGAAUGAAAGCCAGGCACCCUCGAGCACCAUCAGAGUCCCUGCUAUUGUCACUGCAACCUAACCAUCCAUUGAAGUGGACACCUGUGCUUUAAAUGUCUGUUUGAUUGUUUCCAGAAGGAACAUUGUCUUGUUUCACCAAGCACCGUUUGGUUUGUGUAUGACACAGCUUUAGAUGGGCAGUGCUGCUGUAUUGUGGUUGUUUGGCAAGGAUAGUAGCGGAGGAGCUGCUCCUCUGACUACUAAGUGUCCCUUUGCAACAGUGUAGCAACUGAUAAAAGUCACAGCUGGAUAAUGGAGCAACAGAAUUGGAUCUUUUGAGACAUUAAAAUAUGUCAAAUUAGAAGUGAGUUAUGACAAAGCAUGCAGUGUGAGUCAGAACAUAACAUGGAACAUUAUGUGCCAAUUUUUCUGCUAAACCAUAGUUUUUCUCAUAUUGUUAGCUUCUCAUUUUGUCAGUUGCUACUGCAGCCUCCCAAAUUUGAAAGUUUGCUGUGGAGCGGAGGUUAAAUGUUGCUCUCCCGUGCCUCUGAUGGACCGGACACUGUGCCUAAAUCACCAAUACAGCCAUGCCAGUGACAGAUCUGGGACGAAUAAACUGUCUGAUCUCAAGUGUUUGAAGAUGUAAAAUUGCUUUUAAUUGAGCGAGUUUUUCAAAUAAUUGAUGCAUAUACAACAGCGGUUUUGUCCAGAUCUGGCCAAACAGGUGCAUUCUUGAUACACCUGGCUGCACCAACGAGCUGGCCAUUUUAACACCCCCUCACCUGUUUAUUUGCCUCCUGUGCUUUUGUAUUAAUGCGUAUUAAGCUUGUAUUGCACUUCACAGUCUGUGUGGAGGCACUUAGCAGAUUUAGCCUUGGUUAUCAAAUCAUCCUUUGACCACAAGACUGACUGACAUUUUGUUUUAAAAAAACACUAGAAACGGGUUUCUGUGUUCUAUGUUGCUCGUAUUAUCUGCCUUAUCUACUACAGCAUAGUAGAUGUGGGGUACAUACCUUUGAUAAUGGCAGGGAGCAUUUGUACACUAUCUGUACAAAGAUAUGCAAACCUACAUUUUUAACUGUUGAUAUUAUGUGUUUAUUUUACUGAACAGAUGAAGCACUUAAUUUAACAAUUUUUUCUAUUGAUUUAGUAAGUAAACACUAAUGAACUGUUAAUAAAAUCAGAGUUAUUGUCUGACUUUUA